CAGAAGCGGUCUCACCUGUUGAUAUCCCCGCCCACUCUAGCAGCUACCCAAUCAGCAGUGAGGACGCUGUAAUCAGGUUCCUUCUGUACUCCAAGUGAGCGUUAGUAAGAGCAAACAGGACCUGGAGAUAUAUUAAUGUGUAGAUAAAAAACACAGUGACAGUCAGCUCUGUAUAGAACAGGUUUAUUGUAAGAUGGAGAAGCGAAUACGGCGACAGAGGUGUCAGCUGCCAUCCUGUUACUAUGAGGGGUACCUGCAGAAGAGGUCAAUCAAAGAUAAGGUGGCCCGGAAACUGUGGACAUGCCUGUGUGGAAACACGCUUUUCUUCUUCAAUGAGAUGAGAGAUGCUGAUUACAUAGAGAAACUGGAUCUCAGUGGAAUGAUCUCAGUGACAGACGACAACAGCCAGGAUCAUAACUUGGAUGCAGCCAGAUUCAUCCUCCGGAUUAAGGAUAGAAAUAUCAAAUUCACUGCUCCUAGCGCAGAGGCUCGUGAGCUCUGGAAGGGCUAUAUAUAUUCUGUGGCUAAGUUGUUUGUACCCUCCUCCCUCAACCUGCUACCAGGCCAGGUCCAGAUGCUAAAACAGACAGUAGAACUAGAAAAGCAGAGGCCAAAAAAUAUCAUUCCACCUGCAGUCACCAGCUGCAGUCACUACGUCAGUGUCCAGGCAGACAUGCCAGCUUGUUAUCACAGUGUGUCCCGUGUGGAUGCAGAGCUGCUGCUUGAAAAAGAGGCAGAGAGAGGGAACAUGCUGCUGAGGCCUGGAAGGGAUGGAAACUCCUUUGCUGUCACCACCAGACAGGACCUUUAUGGCCCUGUAUUCAGACACUACCGUGUGACUCGUAAACAUGAAGGAGGAUUCUUCAUUGAUGUCGACAAUCCUGUCCCCUGUGCCACACUACAUGAUGUCAUCAACUAUUUAGUAGAAAAAACGAAUGGAGUUCUGAUUCCUCUCCUUAUUGAGCAGACAUAUGAAGACCACAUCUCUUAUAUUCUGUCUGAUGUGGAAAGUGGAGAGAUGAGUGUGCAGCAGGCACUCUCUAUUGUCCCACCAAGUGUACCUCUCAAACCAGCUGUUCUGAGAAAACCAACUCCUGAACCUGCACCAGCACCAACUGUAGAAGAGAGUUUGUGUCUGAAUGACAUGAAAGACACAGGUGGCCCAGCGAAUUCCUCAGCUGUUCCACUGGCACCACUGGAGAAGAUCACUCCUAGAAAAGCGCUAAUGCCUCCAAUUGCGGCUCUUCGUAAAAUUCCCCCUGCUCCAUCACCCAGAAACAAAAUUCGUAAGAUGGGAACCCACUCAGACACAACGUGACAAAUUCAUCCUGCAGCAAUGUCAAGAGCUGAAACUAAAGUUGGAACAAAAGGCAAAGUGUCAAGACUGACCUCUCUUGAAGGGGCCAUCUCAAACCCAUCACCAUCUCUGAUAAUGUGCCACAGCAGCUGACUCAUAACAGUACAGAGACACUUCCCAGUAUGUCUCUGCUACAUAACCCAACACAGGAGACCAGAGCUUUCUGCACUAUCACCCGUUUCUGCUUGUCAUAGCUCAGCUCCUCCUCCUCGUCAGCUGGUUUCCAAGAGCAAAGCCUUCCUGAAGAUUAACACUACUGGUUCACCCUUCUCAGACACUCUUUAGCAGAUAAAAUGACUGUAAAAGAUGGGUACAUGUCACAUUAUUGUCACCAUGUUCCUUUUGUACAUUUUGCACAUUUUUCUAAUCAGAAUGUAGUAGAUUUUUAUCAGUGUUUUUGUCAGUUUUUAAUGUAAUUAGUUGUUGAAUAUUAUAUUUUUAUAUAGCUAGGAUCUGCUCUGCCUUAAAGGCAUGUGAUGUCUAUAUUAUGCACAAUGUAAUACUACUUUUCCAUGUAAUGAAGUAGAAGUAAACACAGGAAUUACAGGUAGACUUUCACAUACAGGAGGAAUAGUAAAAGUGUUAAACAGUUCUUGCUUCUGUCACAUCAAAUCAGACAAUCAGACAAGCGGCCUCUAGUAUGUGCCAUGUAGAAAUCAGUCACUUUUAUGAUGCUUUGGACCCAGUCUAUUACAUGUUGUAUACCUUUGUUUAUGCAACAGAAUAUUUUUUUUUACUUUGUUUUAUUUCUCACUGAUGCAGAAAUCUGUGAACAAUGUGUUGUCACUCCUUUUAUUUUACCUCAAUGACUGAUACUUAGUGGAAAAAUUAAACUAUAAUAAAUUGUGACUGUCAGAAUGUGAAAUAAAGUUAACAAAGCUCAGCUGGAUGCUUCUUUAAAGCAUUGCAGGCUAUAAUUACAGAGGGAGCAAUAUGUAAAAGAAAGACUGUUACGAUGUGGAACAAGUAACAUGGACUCUACUUAGAGGCCAGGCAUUGCACAGUAAAGGACUGAUUCCAUCAUUUUUCUUUCUCUACCUGAUGGACCCCAAACCUGGCUCUCAUAAUACAGUUUGUUAGCCAAGGCUACGAGCUAGCUAUUUGUUACAUCUGGACUAAAGACAGCCCACUACUCAUAACAGGAUCUCUCUGGAGCAAAUACAGUAGUGUUAUCAAGUAUAGACAUAUACAUACUUCACAUACAAGAAUUAUGGUGCAGUCAUGUAAAUAAAAUGUAUACAGUACUGUCAUUUUCAAAAUCCUGGAGGCUCUAUAAUGUCACUACAAGGAGUUAAAAUGAGGAAAACUCCCAACUGAAUCCAAUUUAAAACAUAAAGAUCCUCAGCAGAUGCAGGCCUAUACUGAAAUGCAGUAAGCACUGGCAAAGAAGAGUUUAAUAAAUCCUGAUUCAGUCAUGAAGAACUACAUUCUACUGAGUAGAGCCGUGUAGGAGUGUCUUCUUGUUUGGGUUACAUAUGAGGAAGAUUCAGCAGAUGAUGAUUACCACUAAGCAACAUUAUAACCAGGUUAUACUGACAUAAUAUAGUGCUUUAAACUGAAAUAGGGCUUGCAAGUAAUAACAUGUUGGAGAUUACCAGAUUUG